GCUGUCCCUUUAAGGGGCGCGGCCAGACCUUGGAAGCUAUAAAUCUGCUUCGUUCUGGGUCGGGAACGCGGUGAAAUUCCUUGCAGGCACUGUUCGCUGCUGCCGGAACUCCUUGGAUCGGAGCUCACGUCCCGCAACCUCCGAUCGUCACCCAUCUCUAGUUGCUCUUCCAUUUUGCGGGUCUGAAGGAUCCAGUGGCCCAAGACAAAUUCCAUCUCUUUGCUGUUCACUGGAAGACCCUUCCCACCAUGAAGUACUUGCUGAACCUCUACCUGCUGGGCAUACUGGUGUCAUUCCUCUCCAUCUUGGUUAGGCUGAUAGAGUCCUUGGAGGGGUUAUUAGAAGGUCAUCCCUUCCCUGGCCACUGGCCGAGCAGGGGCCAAAUAGCCGGCGCUAAUCCACCCAAGGGACUGGCCCAUGAACGCCUACUUCCGACCAAAUCUGUCAGACCGUACUUAGGAUGAGUUUUGCCUAAAGCUGAUGUUCUCCCAAGAACGUGAUUCGAACCAGUCUCAAGCAUCAUCAGAUUGUGUUCCUGGAAUCUAGCUGUAGGCUGGCAUCCAGCCCGUGCAGCAGUAGCCUUCCUGACCUUGAACUCAUUGACUUUUGGCUUUUCCUUCUUGUUCUGGACAGAUGGAGAAGAGAUAAUCAGUCCUUUAUGGCAAGGUUUCUUAACCCAAGAUCCGUGGAUGGAUUUCAUCCACGUCAGUGAAUUUGGAUGGAGAAAAAAAAUUCUUUUUGUUUUUAUUUCAUUUCAUUUAUAUUCACUUCUAACUGGCAUUUAGCAUUUCCCUUAAUUAUUUAAAAACGUUAUCCUGAGAAAGGGGUCCACAGGUUUCACUAGAAAAAUGGAUCCAUAUCACAAAAAAGGUUAACUCUUUGAGCAGGGGGAGUUGGACCUUCACUUGGGAGUGGGCCCAGUACAGAGAUAGCCUUGCUCAUCUCAGGAGAGGUCAGGAAGAGUUCUCUGGCCAUUGCCCUUCCUGGGGCUAGAGAGGAAUAGGGAGAAUCUUUGCUUUCUAAAAUGGAGUGGCCACUAGAGCUCGCUGUUCUGGCUGGCUUUCAGAAGGAGCUCUCUUCCUGGGUCUGUGAAGCAGUGGGAGGAGGGGGUUUGUAUAAACAUGGUUUCUGCCCUCGUUGCUUUUUUUCCCCCUGCUUCUACCCUGCAGAGAGAUACUAGGUGAAUGUAGUGAUAGCCACCAUGUGGCUUCAACUUUUUUUUAAAAAUUAAUACAAUAAAGAUGAUGUACCUUUCCAGUG